AUGGAGGUCCUGGAGGAGCUUGAAUGCUGGCUCAAAGGCAAACCGCAGCUUCGAGAGGCUGAUUUGGAGACAAACACUUUGACGCCGGAAACAACAAUGCUCAUGCUCCAGUAUCAUGCCUGUGUUGUAAUGGCUGUACGACCACCGACACUUCGCGCCCUUGAACAGAAGCUUAGAAUCAGCUCUGAAGCAAAUUCGUUGCGAAUUGAUUCACUGACGCAACCGAUCAGCUACGCCGUCGGCGCAGCCUGUGCAACUGUGCGUACUUUGAGGCGCCACGCUGCGGCUCGUGGGCUAGCUGUCUACGGCUUUUUGGACGGCGAACAGGCAUUUUCAGCCUCUCAGCUUCUGAUCAUGACCAAUGCGGCCGUACCCUCUUUGCAAAUUUCUCAGAGCAUCAUCACGUACUCACUGAACGUUCUUGCCCAUAUUGCAGAAAGAGGGAACGAUGACACUCGCCAGCAGAUGGAAUCAUUGAUCCGACUUUGA